GGAUUUUGCAGAGAAAUAAGAAAGGGGGUCUCGGGGAAAUUUGCAAUCGUCGUCGUCGGAGAAGAUGUCGAGUCCGUACGAGAGAGUGAAAGGAGGGAGAUUGACCUUCAAGGACGGCAGUGUAGCCACGCGCAGCAAAGCCAUCGAUAAGAAAAAGAAGAAGAAGCAGAAGAAGCUUCUCAAGAACCCUAACGACGAUGCUGCGAUCUCCUCCGUGGAUCUGGAGGGCGACGAUGCAGUCGCAGCCGCAGAAGCAGCAGCCGGAGAAGGAGCAGGAGCGGAAGAAGAGAGCUACACUAUCGACGCGGCGAAGCGCAUGAAGUACGAUGAGCUCUUCCCCGUGGAAGCAAAGAAGUUCGGUUACGACCCCAAAGCGAUUAAGCAAAAAUCUGUCGAGGCUAUUCUUGACGACCGUGUCAAGAAGAAGGCCGAUCGCUACUGUAAAUAGAUAUCUCUUCCUUGAGGAGUAUUACAAUGCAGUGGAGCUGAUAAGUUGGUGGACUCAGCUUCUGGAGGAUGUGAUCGAGAAUCGGCUAAACUCACUUUGUUCCAUGUAGGCUGCAUCAAAAAUAUGUAGUUAGCAGACUUUAUUGUUGUUGGUAUGAACCUUUUGGUAUUUGUAGCUGACAUUCAUGACUGGCAUCCCAUUCGAUCACAUAAUGAGUUGCAUUGUACUUUCACAUGGCAAAUCCUUAUCUGUCUUGUUAACUGU